AGGUUCAAUUUUCACUGAUUGUUAUGAUGCAGAUAAGAAAAACAUCAGUAGUAUUGUCACUUCCAGUACUAUUUCUUCUAAUACAACCACUUCUACUACUACUUCUACUACUACUACUACCACUACUACCACUCCUAUUAUUCAUAACAAUAAGAAUUAUGAAUCAGAUACUAAACAUUAUACAAAUACCACUUCAACAUCAUCAUUAUCAUCACUGACCACAGCAGCACCAACAACAACAUCAGCAACACCAACAACACUCACACCAAUCACUAAUCAAGGCGCUUUAAUUGCAGCUGCCUUAGUGAAAGCAUCUGCAGACAAAACAAUGAAUGGUCCUUUCUCAUUAACUGAACGUAGUACUACUACUAAUACUAGUACUACUAACACUACUAUACCAGUUAAUCAUAAUAAUAAUCAUUUAGGAAUGAUGAAUAAUAAUAAUAAUAAUAAAUCACGUAGAAAUUCAUUAACAACAACACCAAAUCACAAUAUAAAUAAUUCAUCAUCAUCAUUAGAUAAUCAAAAUAAAUUAUUAAAUCGAAAAAUUUCAUCCAGUUCUGAAAAACAUUUUAAUGAACAAAUUAGUUCAAAUGAUGAUGAUCAAAGUUCUCCUAGUCAUUUUCAUUCUUCUGAAGAAUUUGAUAAUUUACUAUUGGAUUCAAAUACAACACCGCCGCCUAUAUUAGAUUUCACUUUUUCCGAUGUACAAUAUUGGUGUAGUGUAUUUUAUUAUGAAUUAAAUACACGUGUUGGUGAUGCAUUUCAUGCUGGUCGACCAACAUUAACUAUUGAUGGUUUUACUGAACCAUGUUAUCGUUCUGAUCGAUUCAGUUUAGGCAGUUUAAGUCAUGUGAAUCGACCAUUACAAGUUGAAAUGACUAGAAGACAUAUUGGU